AUGCUUCGCUUCGACGGCAAGGUCGCUAUCGUCACCGGCUCCGGCGCUGGAAUCGGCCGCUGCUACGCGCUGCUGUUCGCCGAGCGCGGCGCCAAAGUUGUGGUGAACGACUUCAGCAAGGAGGCGGCGGACUCGGUGGUCAACGAGAUCAAGGCCAAGGGUGGCGUCGCGGUCGCCAACUACAACUCGGUGACGGACGGCGAGAAAGUGGUGGCCACUGCCAUCGAGAACUUCGGCCGCGUGGACAUCCUGGUCAACAACGCCGGCAUCCUGCGCGACGUGACCUUCGCCAAGAUGACCAAGGCCCAGUGGAACCAGGUGCUCGACGUGCACCUCCAAGGAACGUUCGCGGUGACCCACGCCGCGUGGCCCCACAUGCGCAAGCAGAAGUACGGCCGCGUGAUCCUCAUCACGUCGGUGAACGGUCUGUACGGCCAGUUCGGCCAGACCAAUUACAGCUCCGUGAAGGCCGCUAUGACCGGCUUCGGCAAGUCGCUGGCCAAGGAGGGCGCUCGCUCGAACAUCAAGGUGAACAUCGUGGCCCCCGGCGCCGGCUCCAAGAUGACGGAGACGAUCAUGCCCGCGGACCUCGUGGCGGCGUGGAAGCCCGAGUACGUGGCGCCCACGAUCGCCUUCCUGUGCCACGAGUCCGUGCCCUGCUCGGGCAAGAUCUUCGAGAGUGGCGGCGGCUUCGUCGCGCAGGUCAAGUACGUGCGCAGCCCCGGCGUGUUCCUGGACCUGGAGAAGGAGAUCACGCCCGAGGCCGUGCAGGCCAAGUUCGCCCAGAUCACGGACUUCACCAACGCCACUGACCCAGAUGACGACGAGACCUCGCCGCAGAUCAAGCAGAUCCUGUCCGCCAAGCUGUAAGCUGUCCUCCGCGUUGACGCACAGCAUCAUGGUUGGUUGACUCAGAUUGAAGUAAGCAGCUCCCUCUUGGAGCAUGCAGAAAGAGGAAAGUAGCUUUCGCAUGGUCGCCGUAACGAAAUGAAUGAAACGUUCUUAUGUGGCUUACAAUGUG